AUGUUUGUUUGGGCCAAAAUAAAGGGUACGCCAGUUAUGUGGCCCGGAAAGAUUAUGCACAAGGGCCAGAUUGCCGCCGGUGUAUAUAUAAACUCUGAUGAUUCUGUGUUCACUGUAAAACUGUCAGAAAUUGUACCUUUCAAUGAAAAUAUGUCGAAAUUACGGCAAGCAGCAAUUGACAUGUUACUUAAAAAGGGAAAAUUGAAUACAUUACAAUGCUUUAUGGAUGAUGUACAAUGGGCUUUAGUUGCACAAAAUGAUGUUUUGAUUGUGGCACUCGGUGAAUGCUGGUUAAGACAAAACAUCGAUAACCCACUGAAGAGAGCACAUUAUUCCUCCCAAAGAAUGCGGUUAGCUGCCCGGUUGUUGGUGGAGCUACGAAAAUUGGUCGCAGAUACUGGUAAUGAAAAACACAUGUCUAUGUGGGAUUUUAUAAAACCAGAAUUUUUCGAUAUCAUGGCCCAAGCUGCAUUAGAAGUUGCUAUACCACUGAUUGAUGAUGAAGAUGAAUUAAAAUCUCCAUCAAAUUGCUUGAAACUGAAAUAUGACAUUCUGAGAUUGACAAAUUUUAAGUGGAGCUUUGUUGUUAAAGGCAGAGAACAAAACGAUAAGGAAAGAAAAGACUGUAAAACGUUUUUACAUCUGAUGUCACUUGAAUUCAAAACAAAAGUCACCAAAUUGGCGUACACAGUUCUAAUGAAGAGACAAUUUACGAAAAGCAAAGAUAUUCCAGCACCGUCAGAUAUUGAAGUGCUAAAUAAGCAUCUCAUUAGCGAACUAUCAACAUGUUCCUUGAAUUCUUCAAAGGAAAACUUUUUUCAUAUUAUAAAAUUCCUGCAAUGCAGACUCUUAUCUUACAACAAAAGGCGGUCUGGUGAAAUCGAUGCCAUCAGUUUGAGAAGCUUUUUGUCAAGAAGGAAAGAACUGUCAGAUGUGGAUCAAAGUCUAAUUGGGGAAUUGUCCUUAUUAGAAAAACAUCUUUUGGAAUCCCAGGACCUUAUGAUAGUGCGUGGAAAGCGAGGAAAACCAGUUCCUGUUAUAAUCCCUGAUGAUUGCAGAAAACCUUUAGAAUUUAUAGUUAAUGCUGAAAAAGCUGGAGUAAACAAACAUAACAGAUUUCUCUUUCCAAAUUCAGUAAAUGGAGCUAUUAGAAGUUAUGAAUCAUUGAAAAAUAUAUGCUCAGAUUUAAAUCUUAAAAACCCAGAAAACAUUACAAGUGUUUCAAUGCGAAAAUACACUUCAACACUUACACAGGUUAUGGAUUUGAAUAACAACCAAAUGGAUUGGCUUUGUAAGCAUCUUGGACACACCAAACGUGUACAUAAGGACCAUUACCAGCAAAUGAGUGGGUUUAUUGAAAGGGUGAAAAUAAGUAAGCUUCUUCUGGUUCAAGAUUUGAACCUCACAAGCAAAUUGGCUGGAAAGAAACUGGAUGAUAUAUCUCUCGAAGAUUUAAUUCUUGAAGGAUCUGUUGAUACAUCAAAUGUACAGAACAUAGAACUUAAUGAACAUGCCAGAAAACGACCUGUUAGUGACUGA